AUGCAAGAGGAAGCGCGCGAAGGCGUUCUCAGUGAAGAAGUACAAUACGAAAGGGCUCUACGUGACUAUGAACAGCAAGGCCGUGAAGAGCUUGGUGAUGUUGAUAUUGAUGCCAUGCUACGUGUCGAAGAUGAUAUUGUUAAAGAAUCAAAAAUGCAUUUCGAUUAUGAACAAGAUUGUGUACAUAUGGAAAUAAACUAG